GCGGGCGCGCGCAGUGACGUAACGCCAACGGUUAACGGCCAACGGCCGCCGCCAUGCAGGCCUUCCUGAAGGGCCCGGCCGCCCUGAACACCAAGCCGCCCGCCGCCAAGGAGCGGGGCGCGGCGGGCAGCGGCGGCGAGGCCCGGCGGCCCAGGCCCGUGCCCUGGGUGGAGAAAUAUCGCCCCAAAUCUGUGGAUGAAGUCGCUUUCCAGGAUGAGGUGGUUGCUGUGCUCAAGAAGUCCUUGGAAGGUGCUGAUCUCCCUAAUCUGUUGUUUUAUGGCCCACCUGGAACUGGAAAGACUUCCACGAUUUUAGCAGCAGCUAGAGAACUCUUUGGGCCUGAAUUAUUCCGGCAAAGAGUCCUUGAGCUAAAUGCUUCUGAUGAGCGUGGAAUCCAAGUGAUUCGGGAGAAGGUGAAGGCUUUUGCCCAGCUAACUGCAUCUGGAACCCGGGCAGAUGGUAAAGUUUGUCCCCCAUUUAAAAUUGUCAUUCUGGAUGAAGCGGACUCAAUGACUUCAGCAGCCCAGGCAGCCUUAAGGCGCACAAUGGAAAAAGAAUCUAAAACAACACGGUUUUGCCUCAUUUGUAACUACAUCAGCAGAAUAAUUGAACCAUUAACAUCUCGAUGUUCCAAAUUCCGCUUCAAACCUUUGUCAGACAAAAUCCAGCAGCAGAGGGUAUUGGAUGUUGCUGAAAAAGAACAUGUGAAAAUCAGUGGUGAGGCAGUAUCUUACCUUGUUAAAGUGUCAGAAGGAGACUUAAGAAAAGCAAUUACUUUUCUUCAAAGUGCAACUCGCCUGAUGGGCGGUAAAGAGAUCACAGAGAAGAUAGUCACUGAGAUUGCUGGGGUUAUCCCUAAAGAAACAAUUGAUGGAGUGAUCCUGGCUUGUAAGAGUUUUUCAUUUGAAAAACUGGAAAGAAUGGCAAAGAAUCUGAUAAAUGAAGGUUAUGCUGUUGCUCAGCUUGUAAACCAGUUUCAUGAUAUUGUUGUCGAGAGCGAAGAUUUCUCGGACAAGCAGAAAUCCGCUAUAGUUGAGAAACUUGCGGACGUGGACAAGUGCCUGGCUGAUGGUGCUGACGAGUACCUGCAGCUCAUGGGCCUCUGUGCCCUGGUGAUGCAGCAGCUCAGCCAGAGCAGCUAGCGUGGCGGCUGCGUGGGGCCCAGCAGCACUGCCUGCUGGGGGCUGCACAUUUUUAUACUGGU